AAGACCCCGAGUUUGAAAUACUCAAUGCCCUCACAACUCACAAGCACACGAAGUUCUUUUACUUGCUUCUCAUCACUCUUCACCACUUCGGCUCCAUCUCUCCCUCUGCAACUCCUGUUUUUGCUACCGGUUCUGCGUCCUCCUGCACUUCACACCAACGGUCACACCAAUGGUGAAGAAGCAACCAUUGAGCUCUCUCUUCUGCCCCGCCAACUCGGCCAACAAAGACACUCCACCGUCGUCGCCUUCCACUCCGACGGCCACCCCACAGGCAUGGAUGUGGCCUUCCUGCCACCCAACGGCCCAUUCCUUCCGGUCCCCGUCCGCUUCUGCGGCGGCAGCCAAGAACGCCGCGUCCCAUUUCCUCGACUCCGCCGAGUCCUCCUCCUUGACCAACUCCUCCGCGCGCAUACACCAUGACUGUGCCGCCUCCGAAAGCAUCUCCACCGAGUCCGAAGCCUCCGGCGCAGCGGCUGAGGACAUGGCCGACGCCAUAGUCCGCGGCCUCCGGUCCGACCGCCUCCGCUUCGAGCCCCGCGCGCUCUCCAGCUCCAUCCUCGAGAAGAAGCCGCCACCGGCACCCGCGCACGGUCACGGGGCUGCGGCGGCGAUGUCGUUCAGCGGCGGCGUUGCGGUGGCGUUCGAGUCCGCGGACCCGUACCGGGACUUCCGGUCGUCGAUGGAAGAGAUGAUGACUGCGCACGGCGGGGGCGACUGGGACUGGCUGGAGAAGAUGCUGGGGUGGUACCUCCGCGCCAACGGCAAAGGCACCCACGCCGCCAUCGUCAGCGCGUUCGUCGACCUGGUCGUCACCACGAACGCCAGCUGCUCCUCCGGCCACUCCUCCUUCACUCUCGCCGGGAGCGACCUGGAGAGCAGUAGCGCCGGCCGCAACGGAGCUUUCGGCCUGCGGUGAACCAGAUCAAUCUCAGGUUCUCAGCUGCCCGGCCAUGUGCCCGAUUGCGUGUACCUUAGUUAAUUUUGCCAUGUAAAACUCUAGCAGUUCCAGAUCAAUGAGUAAUGCACGUUGUGUUGGUGUUACCACUUA